AUAGCCACCGCCCCGCGCUCGCAGCUUCUCAGCAGGAGCAGCCGGACACGCCAUGGGAGCGACACUCAGAUUCGCGGCAGUGUUGGCCCUGGUGGCCAUCUGCAAUGCCGAACCUCAGAACUACCACACGACCCCCAUCCCCAUCCUGAAGCACAUCAACCGGCACAACGAGGACGGCAGCUACAGCUACGGCUACGAGAACGCGGACGGCAGCUACAAGAUCGAGACGAAGCACGCGACGGGCGAGGUGUUCGGCAAGUACGGUUACGUGGACGACACGGGCAAGGUGCGCGAGGUGGAGUACGGCGCGUCCCGCCGGGGCUUCGAACCCGCGGGCACCGACAUCAACGUGGCCCCGCCCACGCUGCACAGCUCGUACACCGGCCCCAACGACUACGACGACGGCCAGUACCGCGAGGAUCCCAGCGUCUACUACAAGGACGAGCGCUUCAACAGCCGCCCGGCGUCGUCCAGCUUCUCCAACCACCGCUUCCAGCAGCAGCCCCAGCCCCAGCGCUACAACCCCCCGCCUCCCCCUCCCCAGCCCCAGUACAACCCUCCGCAGCAGUCCUACCACCAGCCCAGACAGUACAACCCUCCUGCGCCCUCUCGCUACGUGGCGCCCGGGGACUACAACAUCUUCCGUGGCCACCCUGCCUCCAAUUUCGAUGUCCACAGCGGAUCCUACAGCGUCAACUACUCCGGUUAA